AAUAGCCUCUCACACGGGCAAGCCUGGGUCCCAAGGUCAAUGAUAUAUACCCCAACUCAAUUGGUGAUCCAGCAGUUGAUAUAGCGCAAUGUCAAAACUUAUUCUGGUGGCAGGUGCUACAGGCAAACAAGGUCGGGCUCUCAUCGAGGCUCUUCAACCCACCUCAGACUCAGAUGACAUACCAUUUCGAGUGUUGGCUCUAACUAGGUCAGCUUCCAGUCCGAGCGCACAGCGAUUGGUCCAGGAAAGACACGUACAAGUGGUAGAAGGAGACCUUGACUCGCCAGAGUCCAUACGGAAAAUCUACGAAGAUGCAAAAGGUUCAGGUGGAAUCUGGGGUGUCUUCUGCGUUCUGGCGUUCCCCGGGCUUGGUGCCAAUGCAGACGGGGAGGAGCGACAGGGAAAGUUUAUGGCCGAUCUAGCGCUCGAAUAUGGGGUGUCAGUAUACAUUUACUCGACCGCCGAACGUGGUGGCGAACAGAACGAUGAGAUGGAAAAGCUGUCGGGUCGCGCAAAAGUCCUUGCAGAGCGGCACGUCCAGGCUCUCGGUGAGAAGGGUCUCCCAUGGACGAUAUUGCGCCCAGGAUUCUUUCUAGACAAUUACAACGACUUCAUUGGUUCUAUUGCCGUGGCUGUACUCACUCGUGGACUCAAAAAGGACACCAAAGUCGGGGUGAUCGACGCGAAGGAUAUUGGUCAUGUUGCUGCUGCCGUAUUCAAGAACCCUGAUAAAUACAAAUACCAGAUACUCGUGGUCAUUGGGGAUGUGCUCACCAUGUCUGAGCAGCAUGCAUCGUACAAACGCGCAACAGGUCGAACCCUGCCCUCCAUUCCUGGAUUUUUAGCUGCCAUUCUUUUAGCGCUGAAUAAAUCCACGCAAGAAUUGGUUCAACAUUUUGAAAACGUGCACACGGCACGGACAACAGGGCAACAUGAGCAUUUUGAAUCCCAACUAAAUUUGAGCCGCGAAGCCUAUCCUCAAAUGAAGACUGUCUACGACUGGGCUGUCGAACAACAGAAGGUUGAAGGACGACAAGAAAAUGCAGCAGGUUGGAACAAGGUAUCGUUGUGGCGGCUAAUGCUAGGAAAAUCGUAAAAUAUUGUUGCAAACUGGUCAAGUACUCAUACACCUUCAUGCUUCCCUAUUAUUAUUUUUUGGCAGACCCAAAGUAUUGACUGAGAAUGUGAACAAACGCAUUCCUCUCUCGGGGCUACCAUAUGUGCCUGAAUAGCGCCAGCAUGCCCGAUGAGCCGGGACGAGUGCUCACGGAUAUUGUACAGGGAGAACUUGGGAAAAA